AGUGUCAUCAAAGACUUAUUCUCCCAGUUUGGCGUUGUUGCUUCAGUAGAGCUGAGGGAUGUCCCGGGUUCCUCUCAGGAGUCUGGACCCAAACUGUCCAAGAUCUUCAGACCAGCAGACAAACAGGGGUUCAAAGUCGGCUACGUUGUGUUUGAAAGCUCCUCCAGCAUAGCAGCAGCUAAAUCCCAUCCGCAUGAUGAACCCUUGGUGGUCAGCACAGAGCAGAAACCAGUGAAAACUGGAGUACAGAAAUGGAUCCAGCAGUACACAAAGUCCAUCAUCCACCCCGACAAACUGCAGCAGACGGUCGACUCGUUCAUGCAGGACUACGACAAGCGGCAAGAAGAGGAGGCGGAGCGGCAGAGGCAGGAGGCCGAGAAGCAGCAGGAGGACGAGGAGGGCUGGGUGAAGGUCACGAGAGGUCACAAGGGCGCCAAGGCUCGCCCCCACAGCGAGGCCGCCAACCAGAGGACGCUGCAGCGGGAGGCGAGGAAGAAGAGGAGGAAGGAGCUGAUGAACUUCUACACCUGGCAGCACAAGAACACGCAGAAAGAACAUAUCGCUGAGCUGAGGAGGAAGUUUGAGGAGGAUAAACAGCGAAUCGCUCUGAUGAGAGCGCAGAGGAAGUUCAAGCCGUACUGAAGCAAACCGCACGCUUUUGACUCACUUCACUGCUUUUCUGUUCUUAGUUGAACCAUAUCCUUGGAAUUUCAUUUAAUAAACCCGUUUGUAUUUUCAUGGCUAACUGUC